CCUGCACAGUAGUACCUAGGUAGGUAUAAGAUGCUCAACCUGGCCACAUCUACCGGGCCACAUCCCAUUUCCUCCCCCUCGACCCUCCUACGCCCUCCCUGCCCUUGUUGAAGCAGGUUGUGAUAUCUUUGUGUCUGCGCUCCUCAUUGGAAUAGGAUUCCCGCACGCCAUUGUCCAUCAUCACAUCGUGUGUCUUGGUGUGUCCAUCACGCAGUCCAAGCACCAGCACCAGCAACCGCAACCGCAACAACCACCACCACAACCACCGGCACACCAACCGACACGAUGAGCACCACCGAACUGCAGCCCACCAAGUCGAACAUCGGCGUCUUCACAAACCCCAAACAUGACCUCUGGGUAGCCGAGACCACACCCACCCUCUCCGAUGUGCAAGCGGGCAAACAUCUGAAAGAGGGAGAAGUAUACCUUGCGGUCAAAUCGACCGGGAUCUGCGGUUCAGACGUGCACUUCUGGCACGCAGGAUGUAUAGGACCCAUGAUCGUGGGGGGCGACCAUAUUCUCGGUCACGAGUCAGCAGGCAUCAUCCUCUCGGUGCACCCUUCGGUCACGUCCUUAAAGCCCGGCGACAGAGUGGCCAUCGAGCCCAACAUCCCGUGUUUCAAAUGCGAGCCGUGCCUGACGGGACGAUACAACGGCUGCGAGAGCGUCGAGUUCCUGAGCACGCCUCCCAUCGACGGUCUGCUGAGACGAUACGUCAAACACCCGGCUGUAUGGUGCCACAAGAUCGGGGACAUGAGCUACGAAAAUGGCAGUCUAUUGGAACCCCUCUCGGUCGCAUUAGCAGGAAUGGACCGCGCAGGAGUCCGUCUCGGUGAUCCCGUCCUGAUAUGCGGCGCCGGCCCAAUCGGUCUUGUGACGCUGCUGUGUUGCGAGGCAGCCGGCGCGUGCCCGAUUGUCAUCACGGAUAUCGAUGAGGGCAGAUUGAAGUUUGCCAAAUCGCUCGUUCCGCGGGUUUCUACGUUCAAGAUCCCCAUGGGCAAGUCGCCUGAAGAAUGCGCCGAAGGCAUCAUUUCAGCCAUGGGUGGCGCCAGACCUCGAGUGGCGAUGGAAUGCACAGGCGUCGAAUCGAGUGUCGCCAGUGCCAUUUGGAGCGUCAGGUUUGGCGGCAAGGUCUUCAUCAUUGGGGUGGGCAAGAACGAGAUGAAGGUGCCGUUCAUGAGACUGAGUGUGAUGGAGAUCGACCUGCAGUACCAGUACCGUUACUGCAAUACGUGGCCCAAGGCCAUUCGACUGGUGGAGAACGGUGUGAUCAACCUGGAUAAAUUGGUCACUCAUCGCUUCAACAUGAGUGAUGCCAUCGCCGCGUUCAAGACGGCGAGUGACCCCAAGAGUGGCGCUAUUAAGGUGCAGCUCAAAAACGAUGAUAGUUUAUAGUUGGAAUGGUAGUCACCUCGACCGACCACUCGUGAAGCAUCGUCACCAUCAUCGCAUAGCUAGACAAUUGAUAAUGCAUUGAGAUUUCAA